AUGGUGGCGGAACCAGGGCGCCUGGAUUAUUGGAGGAAGUACUUCAGGAGCGCCAAUUCCGACAUAUUCGACGUGAUCGAGCAUGCGAUCCUCGUCGCUGCGUCGGAUUGUCCGCAGGAAUUCCGCGUCCAGAGGGAUCGGAUUGCGGAGAAGCUCUUCUCGUGUCAGCUGGCCAGGUGCCAUGGCUGCGAUCGGGUCAAACAGCAGCUUCCCCAGGAGAGCGACGACGAUGCGUUCAAAGGAGGAGGAGGGAGCGAGGGGGGGGCCAGCGGCUGCGCCGAGAAGGAGAGCAAGGUCGACGGCAUAGCCAGCGAGAGAGAGGAAGAUGUGAAUCGGGCCAUGAGGAACUACAGCUACGACGAGGCGGAGGCGUUGACGGAGGAGAUCGAAGAGGAGACUCAGGCAGUCCGGGAAGUCUUCAGGAUCAAGGAGACCCUCUCCAACAAGGAACACGAGGUCUGCUCCUCUACCUCUCUGGUUUCGUUCCGAUCUUCCUCUCCACACCUUCCUUCUGGAGGAGAAGAAUCCGCGAGGCCCAUCAGAAAGCGUCGACGUCUAUUUUGCAGAAUUUCUUUUACCCUCAUUCCGCAUGAUUCUUCUUGGGUAUCGAUCAUCUGGGCUGGAUCAAAGUUGCUCAUCUUCUGAUGAUUUCUUGCAAACCUUCCUAUCUGUGCUUCCUGUUUUGCAGCCGUCCGAUUUCAAUGUUUUAUGAUCUCUCUUUGACGAAAGCCCCAUUGGCUGUUGCCACCUUGCAGCCUGAUUCGGUGCUCUACGAGUCGCUCAGGAGGCUUCAAUUGAUGGCCCUCUCUGUGGAUGUGCUCAAGGUUGCUUCUCUCAUCAACUGUUCUUCAAAACCCACGAAUCAUCCACAAAAAAGAUUGAUUCUUCACAUGAAAAUACUGAAAAGCUCUUCGUCUUCUGACGAUCGGCAGCAGCAUAGCAUAGCUCUUCGUCUCUCACUCAAUUUCCCCCAUUGUUUUUCUGAUCAACGCAGGUGACGGAGAUCGGCAAGGCAGUCAAUGGGCUCCGGAAACAUCGGUCAAGGGAGAUCCGCCACCUUGUGCGGACCCUCAUCGAGUAGGUUUCUGCAUCAAAAGCUCAUCGAUCAUUUAGUGCAAUAUCUCUCCUCCUUAUUCCCUUUCUUUGCCAAGUUUACUUAGACCCACCCCACGCAUGAACUGACCUUACCAGUGAUGCCAAUCAUUUUCAUUCCCGGGGAUCUGGGUAUCGGCAUUCAGAUAUCAGGCCGCUGACUUUGAUCGGGGGGAAUGAUCUGGGGGGUCUCACAAGGGUUGCCUACCAGCUGAUUUUCUUCAGAAGGUCAAAACGCCUGGCUUUACCAUUCUUCUUGAGCUAAGCUCAUUCCAGCAGGGAGCAACCUUGCAGGUUCUCCUCCUUUGUACGGCUAUUUGUGAUCUUCAACACAGUAGCGAGCGGGGAAGCGAUCCUCUGGUAUUCAUUGCACAGAUCUAGUAAGACCUGUAGGUUUCAUGUGGGUCAUGGGAUUUUAUCAGUCAGGGUUAGUAGCAUCGAGGCAAGAAAAGGGCCAAUCCGAAGUUGAACCCAGGGAAUUAAUCUUAUAUCAUCCUUAAGCAAUUGAUGAUUUAUGGUUAUAAUAAUUCAGAUUAAUUCGCAUUCACUUUUCUUUUAUUCUGCUGGUCCUUUUCGAUCUCAGACUAGGCACUUUGUUCUAUUUCCAUUUGAUUUCUAGCAAGAAAAAACUAAAAAAAUAAAGAAAGGGAAGGGAGAAUUCCGAUUCUCAUCUCGAAUACCCUGCUAUGAUCCUUCCGCUAGAUCCUGUUCGACCUAAGAGGGCUACUUUCUUUCUUCUUCUUUUUUCCUGGGUUUGAUUUAUCCAAAAAUGUCACAUUUAUUUCACUCAACUUCACUCGGAUUUCCCUCAACGUUGUUCGAUCCCAAGAUAGCUAAUUUGCUUAUUUUCCUCUGUUUUUCUUCGUGUUCUUCAGUGGGUGGAAGGUCGUGGUGGACGAGUGGGUGCAUGCCUCCGCGGAUCUCACAGGUAAAAAAAAUGGCAAUAUGGUCGUCCUCAACCUCCUCCUCCUGUAAUAAUUUCUUCUUCUUCUUCUUCUUUUUCCUCAUCACCGACCGUUCUUCCCCUCUGCAAGCAGAGAGCACGCCGGAAUCUAUGAACCCAUCUGGUGUAUAUAACGACGAAGGGCUCCCUUCGCCGCCACUGGACGAGGGGCUGCUGUUCUCCAGCCGAACCACCAUGGAGCUCUCUCAGGUUGCUGCCCAAUUUCUUCUUUCCCUUUUUUUUUUCAAAGCUUAAUCGGUGAGGAGAAGGAUCGCAAGAACUGAUGAUCUUCAAUCUCUGUGCUUUGGGGAUGAUCCUGCGGCGCAGUUCUUCGACGGGAUGGACGACGAUGGAAGUGAGUUUCGAUCCAUCUCCUCUGGUUCUUGAUGUUCUUGAAAGAUGAUCACUUUGUAUUCUGGGUGGAUGAGACGCUGUUUUUUGCCUGAAUUUCUUCGAUGGCAGAUCACCGGAACAACGGGAACUCGGAGAGGAGACCAGAGAGAGGGAGGCGGCCGCCGCCGCCGCCGCCGCCGCCGCCGGCGGAGGCCCUCGACCACCGCCACGGCGCAGCCAGGAAACCGCCAGCGGCGGAAGUCGUUGACCGGCGGGCGAAGCUUCAGGAGUUUUUUGUCAAGCCGCAGGAAUACUCUGCCCGGCAAGCAGGAAGGCCUCAGAAGGCGGUCACCGGCGACGGGAGGUCACGGCAGCGGCAAGAACCGGCGGCGAUGCAGAAGAAACCGGCGGCGGGCCCCGAUGUGAGUUGAAGCAGACUUUCUAGCUCGAUGAUCAGGCGAUCUUAUCCAUAUCCUCAGCCCAAAGUCAACCCCUGAAUCUCGUUUAUCUUCUCUCUCUAGAAAUCGACGAUUCCCGAGGACUCGUCGGUCCGGGCCAAGCUCGAGGCCGCCAAGAGGAAGCUCCACGAACGCUACCAGCAGGCCGAGAAUGGUGAGUCGUCUGCUCCCUUAGAACUUCCAAGAACUGCGGAAUGAUUCCUUUUUUUUUGGCAAAAAAUUCCGUGCUGAUAUUUCUCUCCCGGAUCUCAGCGAAGAAGCAGCGGACGAUACAGGUCAUGGAGCUGCAAGAUAUUCCCAACCAGAGCCGGCAGCCACUCCAGAAACAAGGGAAUCACGGCUGGUCCUGGGCAUCCGGGCGGCGCUGA